UGCCCCCGUGGGUGCCCAGGACCUGAGCCAUUGCCGGGGCAAUGGGGCCGGUUCCCAAGUGCCCUCCCCUCUCUGGGGAACACAGCAGGACUCUAAUGGACAGGAGGCAUCUGCAGGCCCAGGCUCCGGGGCUGUCCAUCGGGUGGGUGUCAGUGGAGUCACCUGUCAGACUCUGGGUUUGGAAUGUUCUUUCGACAGGGCCACAGGCUGUGUCUGUGUGCGUUCCAGGCUCCCAGAGGUAUCAGACUUGGAAUCCCCUACAUGGGAAAAGCCCUUUCUCCUUCUCUGAGCCUCAGUUUCUCCUGUGGAUAACGGGAUAAUAAUGCCCCCACCCCAGCUUCAAGACCGCUCUACCAGCACAUGAUGAUGGUGAUGAUAGUGACGACUGUUAGUCCAGCCCUAAGUCUGUGACCCUCGGCAACUGUCCCUGUCCAUCUGCACCUGGCCCUCUGUCGGGACUUCCUCUGUGUCUCUGAAGAUCACCGUCUCUUCCUGCCUGCUCCAUGCCCUCCUCCUGCCAGGCCCAAGUCCGCUCCACACCCCCAAGUCUGGGACGUUUUGGGGGCGGGUGUGUCCCGGGCGGGUCCCUGUCUGUCCGUCAGCCCCACGUCGCCCCGCCAGGCACUGGGCAUGCCCCAGGCGCUUCUAUAUAAGGCAGCACUGCCUGGGCUUGGGGCUGUGCCACUGCCACCGCCACCGCCACUGCCGCCGCUGCGUCCCGCCCUGUCCGAGUCUGCCCGCCACACUUGCCGAGCCGCUGCCGCCCACCAGUCCCUCAGCCACUCCACCAACGAGAUGCUCUCCCUGGAUCCAUCAGGUCCUGAGUGGGAUUGCCCACUGGGCUCCAAGGACCUGGAGGAAGAGGGCCCCUGGGGAGGGGACUCUGGCCUGCCACCCACAGGCUGCUUCCCUGGCUCCUGGCGCCAGGACGUGGGCCUGGACUACAAGGGCUCCCCCGAGGGGGCCGAGGCCCGGGCCUGGACUGUCUACUACUACAGCCUCCUGCAGAGCUGUCUGCAGCAAGCUGGCCUUCCGGAGACCCAGGACCGCAGCCAGGUGCCCUGCACAGGCUGCCCUGGGGCGGAGGUGACCUUGUGCGUUCUGGGCUCCCCCAGCACCUUUCUGCCUGUGCUGCUGGAAGGUGGGGUCCAGAGCCCGGGAAACAUGCUCCUUUGCCUGUCUCCUGCUUGGCUGAUGAAGGUACCGGCACCCGGGCAGCCGGGAGAGGCAGCCCUGCUGGUCUCCAAGGCUGUGAGCUUCCACCCGGGGGGCCUGACAUUCCUGGAUGACUUUGUCCCCCCGCGCCGUGCCACCUACUUUCUGGCUGGCCUGGGGCUGGGGCCUGGCCGGGGCCGAGAGGCAGCAGAACUCGCCCGUGACCUGACCUGCCCCACAGGAGCUUCAGCUGAGCUGGCCCGGCUGCUGGAGGACCGGCUGCUGACAAGGCAGUUGCUGGCCCAGCAGGGCUGUGUAGCUGUGCCAGCGACCCUGGCUUUCACCUACAAGCCGUUGGGGCUGCUUCUGGGAGGGGAUGCCAGCCCAGGACUACGGCUGGUGGAGCUGAGUGGCAAGGAGGGCCAAGAGAUGCUGGUGAAAGAGGAAGUGGAGACUUUUCUGCACUCCGAGGCCCUGGGUGAUGUGCUGCAGGUGGCUGUGAAGCUCAGUGGCUGGCGCUGGCGGGGGCGGCAGGCAUUUCGUCUGUACUCUAGGGCAGAGCUGGGUACAGUGGUGGACACGGUGCUGGCACUGCUGGAGAAGCUGGAGGAGGAGGAGAGUGUCUUAGUGGAGGCUGUGUACCCACCUGUCCGGCUGCCCUGCUCAGAUGGUCCUGCACUCGGCCCUGGGCUGGCCGUGCGAAUCUGUGCUGUGGUCUGUCGGACACAGGGUGACAGGCCACUGCUGAGCAAGGUGGUGUGCGGCGUGGGCCGCGGGGACCGGCCUGUGCGGCACCACAACUCCCUACCGAGGACGCUGGAGGGGGCGCUGGCCCAGUGCGGCCUGGGCGACGCGGCGCAGGUGGCCGCCGUGCGGCAGCGCGUCAAGGCGGCGGCCGAGGCCGCGCUGGGUGCCGUGCUGGCCCUGGAGGCCGGCCUGAGUGCGGAGCAGCGCGGCGGGCGCCGGGCGCACACGGACUUCCUGGGUGUGGACUUCGCGCUGACCGCGGCCGGCGGCGCGCUGACCCCAGUAGCCCUGGAGCUGAACAGCGGCCUGUGCCUGGAGGCGUGCGGCGCGCUCGAGGGGCUGUGGGCCGCGCCGCGGCUGGGGCCGGCGGCUGACGACGCGGCCGCCGCGCCGCUGGUGGAGACCAUGCUCCGGCGGUCGGCGCGCUGCCUCAUGGAGGGAAAGCACCUGCUGGUGGUCGGCGCCGGCGGCGUCAGCAAAAAGUUUGUGUGGGAAGCGGCGCGCGACUACGGGCUCCAGCUGCAUCUCGUGGAGUCAGACCCCAACCACUUUGCAUCCCAGUUGGUGCAGACCUUCAUCCACUUUGACAUGACCGAGCACCAGAGGGACGAGGAGAACGCUCGGCUGCUGGCAGAGCUGGUGCGGGCUCGCGGCCUGAAGCUAGACGGCUGCUUCUCCUACUGGGAUGACUGCCUGGUGCUCACAGCCCUGCUCUGCCAGGAGCUGGGUCUGCCCUGCUGCCCCCCAGCUGCCAUGCGCCUGGCUAAGCACAAGAGCCGCACCCAGCUGCAUCUGUUGUGCCACCACGGCCCACCCUGGCCCGCGCCCUCCCUCCAUGCUGUGCCCUGCUGCCCACUAGAGAGCGAGGCUGAUGUGGAGAGGGCCGUGCACCAGGUACCCCUGCCAGGUGUCAUGAAGCUGGAGUUCGGGGCAGGCGCUGUGGGUACGCGGCUGGUAAAGGAUGCGCCACAGUGCUAUGAGCACUUUUCCCAGAUUACCCGAGACUUGCAGGGCGAGGCUGACCACCCAGGCAUUGGGCUGGGCUGGGGCAAUGCCAUGCUGCUAAUGGAGUUUGUGGAGGGCACCGAGCACGACGUGGACCUGGUGUUGUUUGGUGGGCGGCUGCUGGCCGCUUUUGUCUCUGACAAUGGCCCCACGAGGCUGCCUGGCUUCACUGAGACGGCGGCCUGCAUGCCCACUGGGCUGGCACCAGAGCAGGAGGUGCAGAUGGUGCAGGCAGCCUUCCGCUGUUGCCUGGGCUGUGGGCUGCUUGAUGGGGUCUUCAAUGUGGAGCUCAAGCUGACAGGGGCUGGGCCUCGGCUCAUCGAGAUCAACCCCCGCAUGGGCGGCUUCUACCUGCGUGAUUGGAUCCUGGAGCUCUAUGGCGUGGACCUGCUGCUGGCUGCUGCUAUGGUGGCUUGUGGCCUGCGUCCCGCCCUGCCCACCCACCCACGUGCUCGUGGCCACCUAGUGGGCGUGAUGUGUCUGGUGUCCCAGCACCUGCAAGCCCUGAGUUCCACCGCCAGCCGUGAGGCCCUGCAGGCCCUGCAUGACCGUGGCGUGCUACGACUCAAUCUGCUAGAGGAGGCCCUGGUGCCUGGCAAGUAUGAGGAGCCCUACUGCAGCGUGGCCUGUGCGGGGCCCAGCCCCACUGAAGCCCGCCUCCGCCUGCUGGGCCUCUGCCAGGGCCUGGGCAUCGAUGGGCCCAACUACCCUGUUGCCCACUUCCUGUCUCACUUCAAAUAGCACUGGGGCCAGGGGGCAGGGAAGCAGUGCUGUGAGGAGGGACUGCGGUGCCCUCUGCUCCCUGGAGCUCUUUCUGCCUCUCUCCCCAUCGCCGUGCCCCAGCCCCAGCCUGGCCACUCCAAUAGCUAGGCCUGUUCCAGAGCAGCAGGGCAACUUUGUCACCAAGGCAUCCUGGACUCAAGGGCCUCUUGCCCUCCCAAAGGCCCCAGUCUAGCCCACAGCUUCCCCAGCAUUCUAGCCUUGAAGAUGUGACAAUGGCCGCACACACACACACCUCUGUCGCCACCUCCCCAGGUGGGAGCGGGCCCAAACCCAGUCCCUCCUGCUCACCCCUCUAGGUCUCACUCUCUUCCUGCCACCUACAAGAGGAGACGGCUUGGGGUGGGCCCCGAGCCUUGGACAAAUCCGAGGAAAACCUGAGACUAGAGCCCUUGUCUUCCUCUUACCCAAAUUCUAGGAUAGCUUUAGAGCCUGCUAAAAACUUAGCGGCGUCCAGCCUGCCUCAUUGGGCCUGAGUGGUAGAAGCAGGUGGCUGUGCACAGAAGUCAUCCUCUUCCCGCACGUUCCCGGAAGACACUACUGCCCACGUUCUCCAGAUGAGAGGAAACAGGCUGAGAGAAGAAAAAUGAGUGCUCCACGUCAUACCACAGUGGAGGGACAGUCACAGGACAGGAGGCAGGGGCCAGCUUCCUGUUUUGAUCAAGUCUUACACGCCCAUUCAGCUUCUAUGCCCCCUCACCUCCCUGCCCUCAUUCACAAGUGGCCCUGAGCCAUGUGAACACCUGCCUCCCACGCAUCACAAACCUUCUCCACCACGCUUUGGUGCUUUGGCCUCUGGCACACCUAACUAGCAUUGGCAGAGGAGAGUCUACUCUCUUCCUCAUUCAGGGAAGAUGCUCUAAGAACUGCCCUUGUGCAGCACAGGAGCUGUAGACAGCUCCCCAAGCAUCCCUCCCCAAAUAAAGGCUUAUGAACUA